UAAUGGAAGAAUAAUAACAAAACUAUAGUGAUUUAGUGAAUCAAGAAAUUUAAUAGUAGAAUAAACCAAUUAAAUGGGAAGUAGAUGGAAAGAUGCCUUAAACAAAAGUAGGAUAAAUGAAAAAAGAAGCUGUCUAUAUAUUCUGGUUCGAAUUCUUAGGUACAUUCAUGUUAACAUUUUCUAUUUAUGCCAGCAAGUAAAAUCAUUAUAAUAAUUUAAGUAAUAACGUAUUUGUUUUCAGUUGUGCAUAUGGUAUGUUAAUAUUAGUUGCUCAAAAUCAGAAGUGUUCAUUUAAUCCUGCAAUUACUACUGUUUUAUCUGGUAAAGAUAAAGGUUUAUGGGUAUCAGUGGCAAUUGCUAGUUAAUUUGGAGGUGCAUUUUUAGCUAGCAUGCUUGGUUUCUUUUGCUUUAAAAAUUAGUAAAAUAUUUAUAGAUUAUGUACUAGUGUAAAUGAUGUUCCAUAUUUGUCUUAAACUACAUUUGAAGAAUAUUUUGCAGUUAUUAUAGGAGAAAUCUUAGGAUCACUUAUUCUUACUGCAGGCUUUUUGUUUUAAUAUGAUGACUUGAUGGAUUUUACUAGUGAUAGAUUAGAACAUAGUAUUAUAAUUAGUGGAUUAUAUGGAGUUGGUAGAACUCUUAGUUAUGUAGCCAAAAGUAGUCUUAAUCCAGCUAUUGCUAUAGGGUAUAUAUAUAUAUUAAGAUAAAACAAUUAGAUUAGUAUUUUUUGAAUGUUGUAAAGAUGGUCAUUGGGCUAGAUUUUGGAAUUUAUGGAUUUAUGCUGGAUUACCAUUUGUUGGAGCUUUUGUUUCAUUAACAUUGAUUAGAAUAUUAUAUAAGGAUUGUUAUGAAAAGUAAAUUAAGGCGGGUUUAAAAUAUUGAAC